CACAACAGUGUUGUUUUAAUGUCUAUUCUUCAAGGCGUUGGGGUGCUAAUACUAACAUUGUUGGGUGUAGUGAGGUUUCUUCUUCCAUGGCCAGCCAACUAGAACCACCCUCUUCUUCUUUGCUUCGCUCUCCCUCCAAUGAUAUUAUUAGGAAGAAGAAAAUUUCUGGGCAGCAAAAGAAAGAGGAACUUGAAAGAGAGGUCUCUAUGCUUCAAAAGUUAUUGGACCAAGAAGAGAAGGUUCAUGAGAUUUUAGAGAUGGUGCAUAAUAGACCAAAUAAUGUUUCAACCUUAUCAUCAAUUCCCAAUUUUCUUCCUCCCAAGAUGAAAGAACUGUUAGCAGAAUUAGUAAUGGUUGAGGGAGAGAUAUCAAGACUUGAAAUCCAAAUAAAUCAUCUUCAAACAAGUUUGAAACAUGAACAAGAGAUCACAAAGGAAACAAAGUCAAAAUCAUGGAAUUUGAGCAAUAACAAUAAUUCUGGUUCUUAUAAUGUGAAUAAUCAUCAUCAUAAUUUCCCCACUUCUGCACCAAUUCCAAUUCCAAUUCCAAGUCCUAUUCAUCAUAGAAGCAGUGUUCAUGAAAGAAUGGCAUAUGAGACCAAAGCAUUGCAUUUCAUAAGCAAAGCUAUAAAGGGUGAUUACUAUGCUCUUAAUAGUAAUAAUAAUGAGCUUAGUAGUAGUCUUAAUGAGAAAACAGGGUUCAUGAUGAUGAUGAAGAAUUCAGUUGAACAGAAAGAAAACAACAAUAAUAACAAGUUUCAUCAAGAAAGAGUUGUUGGUAGGAAAAUUAAUAAUGGGAUGGUGAAAGCUCCUUCACCUAUGAGAGACCCUCGCCAUCCAUCACCUAAGCUUAGGGAACGUAAUCCAGAGAUGUACCUAGAUCUUCCAACAAGAUCACUACUUGAUCCACUUCUUUCAGAAGAAAAUGAUCUAAAAUGGCAACCCAACAAGCUAUCAGAGAGCAUAAUGAAGUGUUUGAAUUUCAUAUAUGUGAGGCUUCUAAGAACAUCAAGAGCAAUGGAAUUGGAGAAAUCAGGUCCAAUUUUAAGGUCUAUGCACUCUUCACUAAGCUCAAGAAGCUUUAGAGUGGACACUACAUCAAACACAAAAUCAAACUUAAUGCUUCAAAGGGAAGCAAGGCAACAAGACCCUUAUGCUAUCUUUGAUACUGAAGAGUCCAUUCCAAGGGACAUUGGUCCUUACAAGAACUUGGUUAUAUUCACUUCUUCUUCUAUGGAUCCUAAGUUCAUCUCAAAUCCUUCCUCCAUUCCAUUACUAAGGAAAUUAAGGAUCUUGAUGAGUAAUCUUCAAACAGUUGAUUUGAAAUGUCUUACUUGUCAACAGAAGUUAGCAUUCUGGAUUAAUGUGUACAAUGCCUGUAUCAUGCAUGGAUUUAUACAAUAUGGAGUUCCAUCCACACCAGAAAAGCUACUUGCAUUGAUGAACAAGGCAACUCUCAAUAUAGGAGGCAACAUAAUAAAUGCUCAUGAAAUAGAGCAUUUCAUUUUGAGGAAAAGAGCUACUUCUAAUAUCAAAGAGGUGCAGAGGAAGGGUGAGUGGGAAGAUAAAGAGUCAAAAAUUGGUGAACUUUAUGAAGUUGAAUCCAUAGAUCCUAAUGUCACAUUUGCUCUCUGUUGUGGAACUCGUUCUUCUCCAGCUGUGAGGAUAUACACAUCUGAAGGAGUUACAUCUGAAUUGGAGAAAUCAAAACUAGAUUAUCUUCAAGCUUCAAUUUUGGCAACAAGCACAAAAAGGAUUGGAUUCCCAGAACUACUUCUCAGAAACAUGCAUGAUUUUGCAUCAGACAUAGAUUCAUUGGUGGAUUGGGUGUGUAACCAGUUACCUACUUCUGGUACUUUAAGGAAAUCAAUGGUGGAUUGCUUCAGAACCAAUAAUAAUAAUAAUAAUGUUAAGGCUUCUACAAUUGUUGACAAGAUUCCCUAUGACUAUGAAUUCCAAUAUCUGUUGACAAUAUAAAAAUACAUACAUUUCUCUUCCUUAUUAGCUUGCUCUUUAGUCAAUUAUAGAACACAAAACAUGAUUUGAAGGUGAUGGAAUAUGUAUAUAAAAUUGUUAUAAUUAAUAGA